UAUAUUCUAUUGUAUUGCAUUCAUAUCWGCAUUCAUACCAGCAUUGUUCAMGAGCACAAUAUGACCGCCGAAUUCGACAAUUCUGGAUUUUCCGCGGUGGAUAAAUUCUUUGGCGGGAACAGGGCUGCCGAGGAAGCACUCGCUACCCCAAGGAAACCCACCGGUUCGAGUGCAUCAAGGAGCCGGCAACGGGGCGGCGUGGGCGCUGCACCUUCAAARGCUUCGGGAACGGCUGCCUCGUCCGAAGCCCUCGCGAAGCAGGUGCUGAACGUCGGAAGAAAACGAUCCCGCGACAACGACCACGACGACGAGGAGGAGAAUGCGGGCAACCUGGGCGUGGACAACCACGGCAUCGACGGUGGCGACGAAGAGGACGGCGGAAGAACCGCCAUCGUGAAAAAGAAGAAGAACAAAAACAGAGACGGAGACGACAACACCAAGGCCAAGAAAAAACUGGGAAAGAAGGAGCGACAGCGCCUGAAAGAGAUGGCSGCCAAGGCCMGCGGUGCCAGCAACGACGCCGAACCAGCAAUCGAAACCUUCGAACCGGUUWCCGGUGUUCCCGCCGCUGCCACAGAGGACGGUGCUUCGGGCGCGACGAGCGGGGAACCAGCGGCAAAGCCCAAAAAGAAACGCAAAAAGGUGCGGAGCCGGCAGAAGAACAUCCGAAAGGAUCACCGGUCGGCCGAGGAAAAGCCGGCCCACCUGAUCCCGGGGAGUGCCGGCUACCGGGGSCGGCCCAUGACCCAGGAAACCCGCGAAAAGCUCAACCUGCCGCCGCCGAACAGGAACCCCAAGAUGCGCCGACCCCGGAACAACAACGGCACCAGGUUUCCCGAGACGAACGAGGGGRAAAACGACGGGGACGCCUCGUCGCCGCUCUUUGUCAUCGAUCGCACCCCGGAGGGCGGUGGGGGCGACGACCUCGGCGUGAAGCUGGCGAUCGACGAAUUCAUGAGCACCGGCGACAAGGGGACCGCCGAUCCGAGCGGUGCGAGUGGGGCCGCGCUGCCACACAAGGACGACGGCCACCCAAAGGCGAAAAAGAAGGCGUCGUCCAAGCCUUCGAAAAAAAAGAAAAAGCGCUUCAAGAAUUUAUAAACCAAGCCAACAACACAAGGACUCCUUCGAGCUCUGCGGCCGCAUCUGUCCUUUCUUUCGUCCACGCACGGUAGUCGUUUGCUUCCCUUUCGUGUGCGUGUUGUGUGUUGCGUGUUGCGUGGUGCGUGGAAUUGUUCUUCCAUUCAGUCUUUGUUUGCAUCGCCUUUUACCCAUUUAC